AUGAUGGAUGGGGAGGAUGUUCAGCCUCUACUGGAUCUGUCUCCUACUCAAGACAGACAGACACAGCACGACUCAUACCUGAGGAAGGUGCAGAACAAGAAUCUGUAUUUUGCUACGUUGGCUGCUGUAUUGGGUCCUCUGAGCUUUGGUUUUGUCCUGGGUUUCAGCUCUCCAGCCAUCUCUAAUUUAGAGCAUGUAGAGGAUCCGCGUUUAAUAUUGGACAAGAACAUGGCAUCGUGGUUUGGCUCUAUUGUCACCAUAGGAGCUGCUGUUGGAGGGCUAUUUGGAGCAUGGAUGGUGGAUCGGAUAGGCCGGAAGGUCAGCCUCGUGAUCUGUUCCAUACCGUUUGUCUUGGGCUUCACCUUAAUUAUCUCGGCACAGAGCGUCUGGAUGUUACUGGGGGGACGGCUGGUUUCUGGAGUGGCCAGCGGCAUCACUUCAUUGGUGGUCCCUGUCUAUAUUUCUGAGACUUCCCACUCUGGAGUUCGAGGGCUGCUGGGCUCUUGUGUGCAGUUGAUGGUGGUCAGUGGAAUUGUUGGAUCCUACAUUGCAGGAAUGUUCCUGGAAUGGCGCUGGCUUGCUGUGCUCUGCUCUGUGCCGCCUGUCAUCAUGGCAGUAUUUAUGAUGUUCAUGCCAGAGACGCCACGGUACCUCAUCAGCCAGAACCAGAGGGCCAAGGCCUUGUCUGCACUCAGUUUCCUGCGGGGACCAGACGUGGAUCAUGAAUGGGAGUACCGACAGAUUGAGUCCGGUGCAGACCAGCAGGAGGGUGGUCUGAAAAUGGCAGAUCUCUGGAACCCAGCCAUUUAUAAGCCAUUCCUCAUUGGAAUUACCCUCAUGUUCUUCCAGCAGUUCACUGGCAUUAAUGCCAUUAUGUUCUAUGCUGACAUGAUCUUUGAAGAAGCCAAUUUUAAGAACAGCAGCCUGGCGUCUGUCAUUGUAGGCUUGAUCCAAGUGGUGUUCACGGCUGUGGCAGCGCUCAUCAUGGACAGGGCAGGAAGGAAAAUUCUACUAAUUAUUUCAGGUACCAUAAUGGCUGUCAGUGCCACCCUGUUUGGGGUGUAUUUUAAAAUCAUGGAGAUGCAUGCUCAGAAUGCCUCCAAUGUUCCGCCUCUGACGGCUAUGGCGGAGAGCUCAGGAGAGCAGCUGGCAUGGCUGCCCCUGGCCAGUAUGGCACUCUUUAUUUCUGGUUUCGCUAUUGGCUGGGGUCCCAUUCCUUGGCUGGUUAUGUCUGAGAUCUUCCCUUUGCGUGUAAGGGGUGUGGCCAGUGGAGUGUGUGUUGUUACUAACUGGGGCUGCGCUUUCCUGGUGACAAAGGAGUUUCAGGACAUGAUGGAUUCUCUGACCUCCUAUGGAACAUUCUGGUUAUUUGCAGCUUUUUGUGCUCUUAAUGUUCUUUUCACGGUUCUUUUUGUCCCGGAGACGAAGGGGAAAAGUCUGGAACAGAUUGAGUCACACUUUCAGAUUGGACGGGGCCCAGCAAGAUUUGGCUCAUUCUCCAAUACGAUUCAGUAACUGACUGUAAAUUUGUUACCUGAUGGCAGGUGCUGUUAUUUUACAAUGAUGGGAUUUAUGUCUACUAUCAGAAAGGAUAGC